AUGGCGUCUCCUCUCUACUUCACGUCUGCUGUGAAGCAGUUCUCUUCAACUCUUCCUCCUCUUCUUCGGGUUAAUAGUAGAGGAAGAAAUAUGACAAACGACUCUUUGGUUUCAACUUCCCACACCUCUCGCGCUACUAAGCGCCUUCCCCGUUGGCGCGCUUCCGGCGGACGCCGCGGCGGCCAGAGAAGAGGAGGAGGAGCAACAGAAGCAGGGGAAGUAAGAAGCUUCUUUGCCGUCUCCGUUGAAGGCGGGAUCGCUGCCGAGGCACGUGGCGGUGAUCAUGGACGGGAAUUCGAGGUGGGCGAGGGCGAGGGGGCUGCUGGCGUCGGCCGGGCAUGUGGCUGGGUACCGCGCCCUCAAGAAGAUCGUCGACCUGUCGUCCCGGUGGGGGGAUCCGGGCGCUCACCGUCUUCGCCUUCUCCUCCGAGAACUGGCGCCGCCCCAAGGCUGGUCGAGGUGGAGGUUGAUUUCCUGAUGAUUCUGUUGGAGGGUGUGCUGAAAGAGAACAUCGGAGAUUUCUUCAAGUACGUACUUUACUUCGAUACUGUAUUUACUUUGUUGGGUUAAAUCUCAUUAGCUCCCGCAGGGCAUGCAUGAACCUUUCAUCUUUGUUCGGUAACCACUGAUCGGUAAAGAACAUCUUAACCUUGGUAGAUCCAAUGAUCCA